AUGAUUGAUUAUUUCUUUACAACCUCUACUCUAUUAGCGGUUUUACUAUGUAUUAUUCCAGGAAUCUUUCAUAUUCAAACACGUAAUUGGGGUGCUAUUCUAAUGACUUUUUGGGUGAUAGUUACAAAUACUAUAUUAUUUAUAAAUUCCAUUCUUUGGGGUAAUGACCUCGACGACAAGGCUCCGAUCUAUUGUUUAAUUUCUUCCCCAUUAUAUGUUGGUGCAAAUUUUGGUUUAUUGGCUUCAAUUACUUGUAUGAUUCAUACUCUUCAUUCUUAUGUCUCAAACCCUGUCAUAUUGACCGUACGCGUUCGAAAGAAGCAAACUACGAGAAUUUUAUUGAUCACAAUUCUUGUUCCCAUGAUCUUUAUGGGCUUAUACUAUAUAAUCCAGACUAAUAAAUAUGAAAUAAGACCAAUUUUGGGUUGUUAUUCUCCUGCUCAUGCAGAUUGGUUGUUUCUCUUGGUGGAUGGAAUUUGGCCCACUAUUAUCUCUAUUAUUGGAUGUUAUUACGCAGGUAACGUACUAUUCUUGUUCACAUGUUCUCCACUUUACUCACGUGAUUAUUCUUAUUCUCAAGUGAUUACUGUUCAUUAUUCUCACGUGAUCACUGUUCAUUUAUUAACAGCUCGCACCUCAUACUCAAUUAUUAAAAAACGACUUGAAAUUAAAAGCCUUUUAACUUACACUGAAUCUGGACUCAGCACCAAUAAAUUUUAUCGUCUUGUACUCUUUUGCAUUACUUUUCUACUUUUCUCAUUCCCUGCAUCAGUUAUAACCCUUUUUAGUAAUAUUGCCAUGCUUCAUGGCACAGUUGAGUUAAAUUUGUUUGAUAAAAAUUAUAAUAUAGUUACAAGAGUAAAUUCUGGUAUAGCAUUUUUCGAUUAUGCGAAACCUUUGUCCGGAUUUUUUAUAUUUAUAUUUUUUGGUACUGGUCAAGAUGCUAUUGAUACUUAUAAAAGGUGGGGAAGAAUAAUUCAUUUAGAUUCGUUUAUCCCCUGUUUUAGAGAGAGACCCAAUGAAUUUAGUCCUACUGGAUCAUUAAGAUCUUUCCAAAACAGUUCUGUAUCUCACAUUCCUAAAUCACCGAUGGUUUACAAUUCCCAUAAACAUUCUCUCGGUGAUAUAAAACUUUCGAUUCCUGGUGAAGUUGUUACUGGACAAAAUAAAUCUGAUAACUUCUUAUUUCGUAAUGGUCAUCGUACACCAACAGAACAAGCUCAAUUUGAUAUGACAAGUGGUAUUCAUUUUAGUGGACUUGAUGAUUAUUUAUUAAGUUAUGAUUCAAAAAGACUUUCUAUUUAUCAAACGGAUUUACACUUAAAAGAAAGUUAUGAAACUUUUGAAGAUACAUCAACACUCGUUACAACUUCUUUUUCAACAAUAUCUGAUCCUCAAACUAUUCAACAUGAUAUAAUAAAUUCACCUCACUUUCAAGUAAUUCCUCCAUCACCUCGUCAUUCAAUUUCAAUAAAUAAUGUGAAUGGAAUUAUUCAUCCAUUUACUGAUAAUGGAAUUAAAUGA